UGUUUACGACAACUAAUCGGAUCUCUGAUCGGACUGAGCAGUGGUACUCAACGAUAGACUUCCUAAAUUUCCCUAGAUUAAUCCGGAUCAAUGAUGUGUCUCUGAAGUAAUCGAAUUAGAUUAACAGCCAUCGAAAGAAUUAGCGGUCGAGCUGAUUGGAAAAAUUGUGAAAAACAUUAUAAGAAAAUAUAGAAGGAAAGUCUAAAAGUAUAAUGGACCCACAAAAUGAAGAGAAUGAUAUUGAACAAACUCAAUUUGAAAACUACAGAUAUCAAUGGAAUAAUCAAACUACAAAAUUUUUAAUAGAAGAAGUUAGAAAUAAUAUAAAAUUAUUAAACAAUAAAAAUUAUAUGCAAAAAAGAAUAUGGAAAAGUAUAGCAAAUAAGUUCAAUGAAAGAGGAUAUAACGUAACCGAGGAACAAUGUUGUGUCAAGUGGAAGAAUUUGAAGCGAAAAUAUAUAUGUGUACGAGAUCUUAAUAAUCAAACUGGUGGAGCUACACAAACAUGGGAAUAUUUUAAGAUAAUUGAUGAUUUUAUCAAUAUAAAACCUGAAGUAGCAGCUUUAUCAAUUGCUUCCAGUACACAUGGAUUUAGAAUAAGACAAUCAACUCCUAUAGAACAAAUUGAGGAAUCUACAGAUGAAAAUAAUUCUGCAGUAGUCAAUACUUCUCCUGAUAUAGGACGUCCUAUUAGGAAACGCCAACAAAGUGAUAAAUCUAAAUGGAUCAAAGCACUUUGCAAACAAAUAGAAGCUCAUCAUGAAGAAAAUAUGACAUAACAAUAUAUAAUCGAUAAAAUAAUUAUAAAAUUAUGAACACAUACUGUAUCAUUAAAAUAAUAUUUGUGCAAUCAUUUCUCU